GCAGAGAGGCGCACAGACCUCAGGCCCAGGCUCCACUCCCCAGCUGUGAAAGGGCCCACUGCUCCUGGAGCGUGGAGGACGAGGAGGAGGCCUUCUGCGAGCAAUGCCAGCAUGAGAGAGACAGGCAGCUUCCGGCCCAGGAUGAGGACAGAGGUGGCCUUGUCCCCAAGAGGCCGGAGCAGGAGAUACUCCUCAGUCUGAAGCCCUCGGAGGCCCCUGAACUGGAUGAGGACGAGGGCUUUGGCAACUGGUCCCAGAGGCCAGAGCAGUGGCAGCAGCACGAGGGGGCUCAGGGUGCCUUGGACAGUGGAGAGCCCCCCCAGUGUAGGAGUCCUGAGGGGGAGCAAGAGGACGGGCCCAGCCUGCAUGCCUGCGAAAAGGAGGACAGUGAUGAAGUCCACCUGGAGGAAUUGAGUCUGAGCAAGGAGGGGCCAGACCCAGAGGACACUGUCCAGGACAACCUGGGGGCCACAGGGGCUGAGGAGGAACAGGAGGAGCACCAGAAAUAGCAGCCCAGGACACCCAGCCCCUUGGUCUUGGAGGGGACCAUCGAACAGAGCUCGCCUCCCCUGAGCCCUCCCAUCAAACUCAUCGACAGGACCGAGUUCCUAAACCGCUCCAUAGAGAAGAGUAACAGUGUGAAGAAAUCCCAGCCAGACUUGCCCAUAUCCAAGAUUGACCACUGGCUGGAACAAUACACCCAGGCCAUCGAGACCACUGGCUGGACCCCCAAGCUAGCCCACCAGGCUUCCAUAGAGCUGCCCAGCAUGGCCGUGGCCAGUACCGAGAGUCGGUGGGAGACGGGUAAGGUACAGGCUCAGUCUGUGGCCAAGACUCCAUCCUGCAAGGAUAUUGUGGCUGGAGACAUGACCAAGAAAAGCCUCUGGGAGCAGAAGGGAGGCUCCAAGACCUCAUCAACAAUUAAGGUAGAGCCUAAAUGUGGUUGGUGCAGGCAGGAAAUAUUAACUCAUUUCAUUGUCACACAAAAACAGAAGACAUAA